AUGGAAGACAUGCGGUCCGCCUUCCAGAUGGAGGGUCGCCGCACCUUCGACGGCAUAGUCGACAUGGAGUACAGCAAGGGUCGGGGGCGAGUGCCGCUGCACAGCGCAGGCUCACACGUCCAUGGUAUCAAUAUGGUGGAUGGCGUGUACGCAGGAUGCUACCAGGGCAAGAGCUCGGACGGCAAGGGCUUCAAGGGCUUCCUCUCCGGGGCGACCUCCGAGGCAACCACUCGCUGUGGCGACACUGGCGUUAUCAAGCUGGGCCGCAGCAGCAUCUUCGACUCGAGGGAGGCUUACGACAGCGAGCUCUUAGGCGAUACGGCUUUCCAGCAGGGGGGUGCGGCCCCGGACGUGCUGGCGACGGCGUCGGCCGGGUGCAGUCUCCCGCCGUCCGUCCUGGACCUGCUGUUCGUGACGGGGGCGCUGUGGGCGGUCGAGGACCAUGUAUUCUGCGAGCCGGCGGCGGGCGCCGGCGCCGAGUUCCCCAACGGGGCCGCGGAGUCGCCAGCCGAGCUGGAGUCGCUGGCCGAGCCGGCGCCUCGCGGCCCCGAGGCUCCACGCGGCGUUCGGGACGUGGUCCCUACAGCCGCACCGCCGCCGCAGGCUCCACGCGGCGUUCGGGACGUGGUCCCUACAGCCGCACCGCCGCCGCAGGCUGUCCAACAAGAGGAAUGUCUGACUUCUGACAUCGACGCCUACACCGAGUGCGAGUCCGACCCUGAUGAUCCAAUAUCUGAUUGGGAGGGCGAGCCCACCACGAUCGUGGUCGGGCCCACGCACUUCGCAAGCCACCCGUACAAGCUCGAUCAGGUGCUCGUUCCUGGCCCCGAAGGAAAGGUGGCCAUCCGCAGUUGCGAGCGGCAGCUCGUCCUGAGCGACGCGCUCCGGCUCCAGAUGGCCUGGAACCAGGUCCCUCUGUCGUUCGGCUCGGCCGUCCACUUGGUGCACGGCGCAAGUCUUGGAUGCAGGCCUUGCAUGUAUGAACGGUGGGCUGGCCGCUGCUCGAAGAAGUGGCUGUGCGACUUCUGCCACAUGCACUCGAACACCAAGCGGAGGCAACGCCGCGUCGCCUCCAUCUCUCAAGGUGUCGAAGAGGGCGUCGAGGUCUCAACGGGGGCGAAUGCGGAUACGUCCUUCCAGCUGCUGGGUUGGUGGAUCGCGACUCGACGGAUCACCCUCCCUUGUCUGGUGAUCUUCGGUCACGCGGCCGCGGCGGGCGCCGCGGCGAUGGAGGCCCUCGCAAAGCGCGUGCGGCUCAUGGAGGGCGAGGUGACGCGACACCGCGAGGUGCUCACGGAGAAUGAGAACCUUAGGCUCAGGCUGGGCGCAGCUGAGCAGCGGCUGGCCAUGGGCGAGCAGCGAGCAAGAGAGCGCGGUCUUGGCGCAGCAACAGCAGCAGCAGCAGGUCUCGGCGAAGGCCAGAUGGUCGACACCAGGCUGCUGAACAAGCCGCGCACGUUCACGGGCCUGCACUCAGAGUGGGAGACGUGGUCGUUCGACGUCGGGGCCUACGCGUUUGCGGUCCCGAUUGGGCAAUCUACACAACUAGGCAUCGAGGCACACCGCUUCGCGGCUAUGCUGGGCCGCACCAUUCGGCGCGAGUUCGCAGACCCCGCGAUGACGAGCGUGGCGGAGUUUGAGCAGCUGGUGCGGGAGUGCACCGGCCAGAGCGGCGACGUGAUUUCAGACAACACGAAGCGCGGGGUGAUCAUGUCGGGCAUCAAGAACGAGAAGCUGGCAGUCAACCUCAGCCUGAAUGCAUCGCGCCUAGGAACUCACGAGGAGCUGAAGCGGGUGCUGGUGGCGACGGAGUGGUUCCCAUGCAGGUCGACUCGAUUGGCAAGGGCAAAUGGGGGCCACAAAGUCAAAGGCAAGGGCAAGGCCAGCAAAGGCAAGUCCAAGGGCGACUCCAAGGGCAAGAAGAGCGACUCGAAGGACAAGGGCCGAGAGACCCGCAACAGCCAUGACUGUGGGAAGGCGGGCCAUCUCGCGGCGGACUGCCGCGAGAAGGCCGACGAGAAGAAGGUCAGGACAGCGGAGCUGGCUCGCAGGCCAGUCUGGCCCCCCACCGUAGAUGUUUCGCACGUGGCGUCGAUGCUGGCGCAAAUGCUGCAGCAGCAGCAGAGCUUGGCUUCUACGAGCUCAACCGUCUACAUCGCGAACAUCAGCGUGGCCAGCCGCGCCGACGCCCCAGAGCCCGAAGAGUACCGCUGGCAGGUCGGCGUGCUCUACGACAGAACGCAGUGCGACGCGCUGCCAGUGACGGUCGGCGACGCGGUGGAGUUCGACUGGGCGCUCUUCGACACGGGCUCAGGGUUCACCGCCUGCCCCCAGGCCUUCGCGGACACGACCGAGAUGCCCAUGGGCGCGAGGAUCGUCGCGGCCGAGAGCGACGGGGCACCUCUGCAGGUCGAGUUCCAGGUGACGAACGCGAAGUGCUCCGUCGUGGGCGCGGGCGCCUCCACCGAGGGCGGCCACAUUCCGAUCCUCGGCGGGGAGCUGUGCAUCCUGCUGACGGGCGGCCGCGAGAUCCGGCUGCACAGGGGCGGGAAGACGUUCUGGCUCAGAAGCAGGAGGCCUGCCGAGAACGCCACAGCGCCGAUCAUCGCCAACCCAAUCCAGCCGAACACCGAAACGCACAGGCACGAUCCGCACCUCACGAGGCACCUGCCGACGAAGAAGAGGCGGAACCUGGCGCAUAACCCGCAGCACCAAAGCCGACGCCACCUCCACCGGCACCACCUGCUGCUGGGGGCGCCCAAGAUCAGCCUGACCAAGAGGGAGAUCAGCGUGAAGGAGCGCGACGGCAACGUGAGGGCGAGAGAGAUCCCAGUGAUGCCAGACCGACCAAUCCGAGAUCAGCAUCGUCUCAAUCACUGGCUCUUCCGCACCUGGCGCCUAUUAUGCAUCGCGGGCCGCGGCCGGGGGGGCCCGCGCGGGCGUUUGGCCGACUCUGGCCGCCUGGCCCCGCUUGCUUGCAUCGACUACCUGUUCCUGGGGGGCGUCGAGGGCGACCCGCUCGUAGUGCUGGAUAUUCCGGAGUGCCAGUCGGGAGCGAUCGAGAGCGCGCAGAUGACAGCGAUGGGGCCUGCAGACAACGCUGCGGCGGUGACGACAGCGGCGAUGCGCAUGCGGGGCCUCGACCGCGUUCUUCUCGGCGCCGAUGGCGAGCCCGCCAUCCAGGCGCAAGUCCGAGCCGCGCAGCUGGCUCGAGACGAGGGGGCCGUCCCCCACAGCGGGCCCAUGCGAGACCCCAAGAGCAAGAGAGUUAUCGAGAACGCCGACAUGUUGGUCGAGGGCAUGUCCCGCACUUUGAGGGCAUCGACCGAGUCUCGGCACAGCACCAAACACACGCUGAACCGCUGGAUCAUAGGCUGGAUGAUUCGACACUCGGGCUGGAUCGUGUCGCGGUACCCAGUCAAGGAGGAUGGCCCCACCCCCUACCGGCACUUGAAGGGUCGCGCCGACGGAGGAGCUGCCUGUGAGUUCAGCGAGACGGUUAUGCGCAAUAUCCAUAACAGAUCCCACCACAAGGCUGUGAUCCGAUUGGGCAAAGCCAUCUGGGUCGGGAAGAACAACCGCACGGUCGAGCACCUCUUGGCGACCGCUGCUGGCUGGGAGACGGCGAGGGCCGUCAGUGGGCGCGUGGAGGAUCAGCGCUGGUCCAAGAGCUUGUUCAACAAACACUCGCGCGCGGGGCCAGAGGCAGCACCGCCUCCACCGCGCCGUCGCUACAUCACGUGGGCGAUCACUGAUCGAGUGGACCCUGCACCUGGCUGUGGCGGCUGCCGCGGACUCGGCCAUCCACGCGCUGAAGCCUGCCGAGGGCGCAUCGAGGGCUUGAUGAAGGAGGGCAACAUGCUCCACCAGAUCCUGGCGCCGCAUAACCUGGCCCGAUACCACCUCCAGCCGUGGCACAGGGCCCACAACUUGCUACAGGGGCCGACCAUGGAGGACGAUCUCGCAGACGGCGGAUGA